GAUCCAUUGAUCGCACAAGCGCCCAGGAGUGAGUGCGCCAGGAAACACGUUCCACGUGAUAAACGCGACGCGCCUUCUCACCAAGACCGAUCAUAUUGUUUGCUGGCCCGUCACAUCCAGCCUUCCUCUCAUCCGAGGCAGAGAAACCGGGCUGCAGACACAAACCAUGGCUGACAGGGGCUACUUCGCGUUGCUCAGCCAUCUAUACCACCCGGAUACCACCCUGACGCUACCUGUCGUCCAAGCGUCAAUCGCGCACUACCUCGCCCGCCUGCCUCAGCCCCCAACGUCCCUAUCCGCAUCUGUCAUCAGCAGCCCGCUCUUCCAGCGGUUCUCCCAUGCGAAACUUGAUGCACUCUGCACCGCCCACAGGCACGCGGUCCAGGCGAAGGUCAAGCUCUUGCAGGAAGACAAGGGCGGCGUCUUCUCGCGGGGCCUGCAUUCGAGGCUGGGGGAGUGGAUGAAGGGCGUGCUGGAGGGUUUCCGCGGUGGACAUGCGGUGCUGAAGCUGGCGUGCUGUGGCGGGCUGCUGCUUGGCUUGGAGGACUUGGAGCGCGAGCUGCACCUGGGGAAUGGCGGCGUGCGGGGGUUGGUGGAGGAGGAGAUCGUGCUCGCCCUGGCGGAAGUGCUGGAUACGUAUUCGUAUGUGCCGUAUUCGACCGAUUGGGCGAAAGAUUACAAGUCGGAGUCAGAGGAUGGCGAAGAGCCUCUUGCUCUGUGCCUGUUAUUGGCAUCUCGUUUCGUGCCUUUGAUCUCCACUGCGAGACUGGAGACGCUGCCUUUGCCGGUUUUCUCUGACCUCCUCACGUCCACAAUCGAAUCUGCCUUCCAAGGUGGCAAGUAUCUCGCCCAUGUCUCCUCUUCCUCGCGCAGGCCAAGUGGGACUGGUCUCGCGUUCGACGCCACGUCGCCCUUCGCGGAUAUCAUCCGAACAUUGUCCUCGUCAAAAUACAUCAUGUCUAUGGCUACACUGUCGAAGUUCUCCGCCCACAUAUUGUCUAUCCUCGCAGAGUCCCGUCCUUCGUACGGGUGGCCGGCUAUGGCACAGGCUCUGACUAGGCUAGGACGUACGGCUGGCGCUGUAGAAGCCGACUGGGUGUCCAGCCCAUUGCCCGCCGUCUCGAGCGAGGAAGACGUCUCUCCGGAGUCUCGGGAACUACUGGCGCAGAUGUGGAACCUGCUGAAGACGCAGCUCUUCACGACGAUCAUGCUCUGUCAAGCGAUCCUGUCGACGGUCGUGUUUGUACCGCCUCCGGGGGUAACCCCCGCUUCAUCCACUUCCUCGCCACACUCCCUCUCCUCGGCUGUUCUCCGCACGCUUUCGCGCCUCUCGUUUGUGGUUCACCAGUUUGGCGGCGUGACAGCGUCGGGAGGGGGGUUUCCGGAGCUCAAGAGGGUCUUCUAUAUGGCGCUGGACGUCCUUGCUUCUGAUCCAAGUGAGAGCGAGAGAUUUGUGGCGGAACUCUGUCAAGCAGACUCGGCAAACGCAGUCGAUCUUUCGGCAUCGGUCCAGAACGUCAAGACUGCGUACGCUCUGGCGUGUAUCGAGCAAUUGAUACCCGUCCUUGGCGACGAAUGCAUACGCAGGGACGUCUUUGCUCUAUGCCUACCGCACCUGUCUAACGCGACACACCGUGAGACAUACGAGUCCGCUCACUCUGUGAUGCUUGCUAUUUUUGCCGCAUAUGCGCAGAAGACAGGGCAGCAGGCCGCACGCGCGGCAGCAGAUGGUGAUUCAUCCGGCUUCAUCAGUCAAAUCAUCCCGUUCUACACGGGAUGCCUGCUGGAGAACUCCAGCGAUGGCAAGCUCGACACCAGCCAGCUCUGCCUGGCGUACGCUGCGGUAGUCCGCAGUGCCACUGCGCUUGGGCAAAACAGGGCAAGCCAAUCUGACGGCGAAGUCCUCGCCCGUUUUUGCGUCGAGAGACUCCUAGAUGCCAUUCAUCAAGCUGGAGGUUCACGCGAGCCCUCCAGUGAAGACCUGCAUCGCCUUCACUUGACAUUGAUCGCUACGGUAUCUUCCGUUUCAUUGGUCCUCUUACCGCGGAUAUUGGGCGAGUGCAAGGCGGUCAUCACUUCUCUCUCCGAUUCGUCUGCAUCCACUCGGCGAAGAGAAUCAACACAGGCGCUGUUCAGGGAAAUCUCGGAGAAGGUGGGGGAUGCAGAGAAAGAGUACUGCAUGCGGUGGUGGUAUGACAAUCGUGCCUCGUUCGUAGUAGAUGUAGAGGAGGCUGCGACUUUGUCGGAGAGCACAACCGUCAAGGGUUCCGAGUCAGCCAGACUGUAGGUCGAUCCUGGGAUUCUUUGUACAGUACUGUAUCAGGCUCGGAAGACUGGGGUCGUCACCGAGGUCAAAGCCACAUACUUACUAGCUGUAAUGGCCCGCUACUCAUGCGCGUUGUGUCACUUGCGAUGCCUCUUGAAUUUGGACGCGCCGGGUACCUCGCGUCAACGCGAUCGGUGUAUUGACCACGAUCACCGGGGUAAGGAGUGCGGCACUUGCGGGGUAGUUGCCGGGAGGCGCCAUGCUAGGUACGCAGAAUCAUGUGCCCCCGGACAUCGUUCCCGACG